AUGAUGAAUAUCCUAUGUUUUCUAAUGAGUAAUGCUGAUAAUUCGGUUAAAACUGAUGAGGAAAUCGAUAAAAUUGAAUUGGCAAUUCAAGAACUUGUUGACACAAUUCGAUUGCUUCAUCCAAACGCUGGAAUUCUCCCCAAGCUUCACAUUCUUGUUGCUCACUUGAUCGAUUUCAUGAGAACGCACAAAACUUGGGGGAGGAUCACGGAACAGAGCAUUGAGCAUCUUCAUGGAAUCUUCAACAAGAUGGAGAGAAGGUUUAUUGCUGUUCGAGAUCCAAUUCUCCGUGCUAAUUUAAUUAUUCGACAAAUGACUUAUCUUAACUUGAUUCACGAUAUCGGAGACUCCUGGAGAGCAGCUGACUAA